AUGUCAGUCAAUAUUUUUGGAGACCAAGUUACUGAAGAAAGAGCUGAGAAUGCCAGAUUGUCAUCCUUCGUUGGUGCCAUCGCAGUAGGUGAUUUAGUUAAAUCCACUCUUGGUCCUAAGGGUAUGGAUAAAUUGCUUACAUCCGCUUCAACGGGUGAAUCUCUUGUCACUAAUGACGGUGCUACCAUUCUAAAAUCUAUACCAUUUGAUAAUCCAGCAGCUAAAGUGUUAGUUAAUAUUGCUAAAGUUCAAGAUGACGAAGUUGGUGACGGUACCACCUCUGUUACUGUCUUGACCGCAGAAUUGUUGAGGGAGGCGGAAAAGCUGAUUGAUCAAAAGAUUCAUCCACAAACUAUCAUAGAAGGUUACAGAAUUGCUUCUAAAGUUGCGUUGGAACAACUUGAAUCAUUGGCUGUUGACAAUUCAGGGAACAACGAAAAAUUUAGAAAAGAUUUAAUAAACAUUGCAAAGACUACCCUUUCGUCCAAAGUGUUGGCUCAGGAUAAAGAUUAUUUUGCAGAACUAGCAGUUGACGCUAUACUAAAAUUAAAAGGAUCAACCAAUCUCGAUCAUAUUCAAAUUAUCAAGAAAUCUGGUGGUAAGCUAUCAGAUUCGUUUCUCGAUGAAGGUUUUAUUCUUGAUAAGAGAUUUGGCGUUGGUCAACCUAAGAAGGUUGUAAACGCAAAGAUCUUAAUUGCAAAUACAUCAAUGGACACAGAUAAGGUUAAGAUUUUUGGUGCUAAGUUCAAAGUCGAUUCAACUAGUAAGCUGGCAGAUUUAGAAAAGGCAGAAAGAGAAAAGAUGAAGGCCAAAGUUGAAAAGAUUAAAAAAUUUGAUAUAAAUUGUUUUGUCAAUAGACAACUCAUUUAUGAUUGGCCUGAACAGUUGUUUACAGAUGCGGGAAUAAAUUCUAUUGAACAUGCCGAUUUUGACGGUGUCGAAAGACUAGCUUUAGUCACUGGUGGUGAGGUGAUUUCCACUUUUGAUGAUCCAUCUAACGUAAAGCUUGGAUACUGUGACUGUAUUGAAGAAAUCAUCAUAGGUGAAGAUGUAAUGACCAAGUUCUCGGGUGUGGCAAAAGGUGAAGCUUGUACCAUAGUGCUAAGAGGAGCAACGGAGCAAUUGUUAGAUGAAUCAGAGAGGUCUUUACAUGACGCAUUGUCUGUUCUUUCACAGACUACUGUAGAAACUAGAACUGUGUUAGGUGGUGGCUGCUCUGAAACUAAUAUGUCGAAAGCUGUGGAUCAAGCUGCUCAGAAUGUAUCGGGUAAAAAAUCUUUAGCAAUUGAAGCUUUUGCUAGAGCUUUAAGGCAAUUACCUACCAUCUUAGCAGAUAAUGCGGGUUUUGAUUCAAGUGAGUUAGUCACCAGAUUAAGAUCCUCAGUAUACAAUGGUUUGAUAACAUCUGGUUUGGACCUUAAUAAGGGUGAUAUAGCAGACAUGAGAGAACUUGGUAUUGUUGAAAGCUAUAAGCUUAAAUAUGCUGUUGUUUCGUCUGCCUCCGAAGCAGCUGAGGUUCUUUUAAGAGUUGAUAACAUUAUAAGGGCUAAGCCAAGAACGGCAGAUAGAAACAUGCAUCAUUGA